GUGCGGAGAGCACGUGCAGCAGCAGCCCCUGGGGGCCCCUGGCGCGCAGCCGCGGUGGGAGACUGCGCCGCGUCCUGGGGGCCCCGUGUUCGGGGCGUGUGUCUGGGCGGGUGAGGGGCGCUGCACGGUGCUUUCCUCGUGAGUGAGUGUGUGUGGCCUCGGCUGAGCGCCCCGCCAAGCGGUGCUUGCGCCGAGGCGAGAGCGUGCGCACCCGUGCGGUGUGUGUGUGUGUGUGUGUCAGUGUGUCAGGUGACUCGGGUCACGCAGUCUCUCUCCCCCUCCUCGGUGAGGAACUGCCGCGCUCCGGUUGACUCCUCCGCCAGCAGGCGGGGCGGAGGAGGGGGCUCCCGGCGUGCUGGGAACCGCGGGACACAGACCUGGCCCCCGCCUUAGCUGUCUCCCACUAAACUCCAGACAAAACCCAAAUUCAGAAAUAGGUUGCGGGCGGAAGGCGCGGAGGAUUGGCCCCCACCAGGGACCCCCGCCGCCCCGGGGACGGCCGGCCCGCGGGCACUAUGAGCCAGGUGCUGGGGAAGCCGCAGCCGGAGGACGACGAGGAGGAGGAGGAGGAUGAACUGGUGGGGCUAGCAGACUACGGGGACAGACCCGACUCCUCCGACGCGGACCCGGACAGCGGGGCUGAGGAGGGAGUUCUGGACUUCAGCGAUCCCUUCAGCACUGAGGUGAAGCCAAGAAUCUUGCUCAUGGGCCUGAGGAGAAGUGGCAAGUCAUCUAUUCAGAAAGUUGUCUUUCACAAAAUGUCUCCCAACGAAACCCUGUUUCUGGAGAGCACUAACAAGAUAUGCCGGGAAGAUGUUUCCAACAGCUCCUUUGUUAAUUUUCAGAUUUGGGACUUCCCAGGGCAGAUUGACUUUUUUGACCCAACAUUUGACUAUGAGAUGAUCUUCAGGGGAACAGGAGCACUGAUAUUUGUCAUUGACUCCCAGGACGAUUACAUGGAAGCCCUGGCCAGGCUCCACCUCACAGUGACCCGAGCCUACAAAGUCAACACUGACAUCAACUUUGAGGUAUUUAUUCAUAAAGUGGACGGCCUCUCAGAUGACCACAAAAUUGAAACCCAAAGAGAUAUUCACCAGAGGGCAAAUGAUGACCUUGCAGAUGCUGGACUAGAAAAAAUUCACCUCAGCUUUUAUCUGACAAGCAUAUAUGAUCAUUCAAUAUUUGAAGCUUUUAGCAAAGUGGUUCAGAAACUGAUUCCACAACUCCCAACCCUGGAGAAUUUGCUGAAUAUCUUUAUCUCAAAUUCUGGAAUUGAAAAGGCAUUUCUCUUUGACGUUGUCAGCAAAAUUUAUAUUGCAACUGAUAGUACCCCAGUGGACAUGCAAACAUAUGAACUCUGCUGUGAUAUGAUAGAUGUGGUUAUCGACAUCUCUUGUAUUUAUGGUCUCAAAGAAGAUGGAGCAGGAACCCCCUAUGACAAGGAAUCAACAGCGAUUAUAAAGCUAAAUAAUACAACAGUUCUUUAUUUAAAAGAGGUGACAAAGUUCCUGGCUCUUGUUUGCUUUGUCCGAGAGGAAAGCUUUGAAAGAAAAGGGCUUAUUGACUAUAAUUUUCACUGCUUCCGGAAAGCCAUCCAUGAAGUAUUUGAGGUGAGAAUGAAAGUGGUGAAAUCACGAAAGGUUCAGAAUCAGCUGCAGAAGAAAAAAGGAGUCACCCCUAAUGGGACCCCUAGAGUGCUGCUGUAGGUGACGUUGCAGCAACAUCUUUUGAAAUGAGAUCUUUAUGAUGAGGCUGCUGCACUGUGUUGCACUACAGGAAGAGGAAGGAGUUGACAUGACAUGGAUCUGUUAAAAAUAUUCCUGCAACCCACUCAAUCUUCUCUUUUUUAAAUAAAGUAAGCACUUUGAAGCAAAAACUUGUAUAUUAAUGAAGUGAAAUCCACUGUAAUUUCAUUAUACAAAUGUAAACUUUUUGGUCUGUAUUAAGAAAAAUCACAUGUAAGAACUACCAGGAACUGUACAUAUUUUGCACUUUUUCAUGUUUUUUUCUCAUUGAACUGAACUUUGAUAAAACUACUUUUCUAAGCUUUUUUCUGUACUUGGUGUCAAGGACAUGCAUAUUGUAGUCUGUAUACAUAAGGCAAUCAGAAGUUAAAAAAUGAUACAUCGGCAGUGACUUUUUAUAAACAUGGGAAUAUUUGCUACCAAUUAUUUAAAAGAAAACAUUUUUCAGUGGAGCUGGAACAGACUGGGGCAGCAAGCUCCAGUAGCAAUAAGAACUGUCCUGUUUAUAAUGGUGUAAACAGGAGUUUUGUAGAAUAAUAAUAGCACCGAACUUAUCUAAAAAUUUCUAGCCGUCGCAGUGCUUCCCUAAUCAACAAUUUUUAUGAAGCUCUUUACCUCAGCACACAUCUCUACAAUCACUUUAUACAGAGAGGUUGUUUCUUUUUGCUGCAUUACUGUUUUUUAGAACCUUUGGGACCAGAUUUCUAAAAUACUGCUGACCAUUGUAGAGAAAUGAAUAUUGCUGAAAUGCAGGGUUUCUGGAGGGUUUUCUGUACAUGCACCAGGAGCAAAAGUAAUGUCAGAGGCCAAAAAGUUUCCCAAAUGUAGGUGAUUGGCAACUGCAGACUAAAAAAUACAAUAUACAAUUCUGUAUUUUUGGCCCCUGUGAAAUGGGCUUAUUGUUGUGCUACAUUUAAUAUGUUCAUUCAGGGCUAUUUUCUUAUUGCUGCAUGACACAGUGAAUGGAGCAAGUCUUGGAUCUCCACCACAGAGCUUAAUCCUAUCAGGCACAUUGUCACUUCUUAGUUUCCUUUUCAUCUGCAGUAGUGUGCCUCAUGUGCUCCAUCCCCCCCACACACAUUAUGAUUGAACUCAUGAAGCUCAGCUUGCCACCAGCACACUCUUUAAGGCUGAAUUGCCAUCCCAGAAAACCCCUAGUGGUCAGUUGGAAAAGGGACGUCCAUGGGAGGCAUUACAAUUAGCUGGGCAUUUGUUUCUGAAAUUCUUUCACUUACGUUUACUUUAGACUAACAGGGAAAUUAAAAGACUCCUAAAUCUGUCCCCACUCCAAUUCAUUCCAAGUAGAUUAUUCUUUGGCCAUCCCAAAGGUCAGUGCCCUAAGGCGUGCAUGUGGGGCAUUAGAAAAUAAUUUUGUUCUGUUCUGUUUUAGCAGAGCCUCCUAGGGACAUUAAAGCUGGACCAAGCGAAAUGUAUGAUGUCCCUAAAGUAACUUGUCCUUGAAAUUCUCUCACUUCUGUCUGUGACUCCUUUCCAUCUUCUCUCUUCCCUUUCCCCAAGUCUUAUUCCUUCAAAGCUGGUAACUGAAAUUGAAGGCGGUAACUGAUUGGAGCUUAAGGUUUGAGCCCUCCCAAGGGUCUAUGCAUUUUGGAAGGAGAUUUCUAAAAAUCAGUAAGAUGCCCUAACGCCCUUCCACAUGAUUCCUACUCAGGAACCUGGGUGGGUAGGAACCCAGGGUUCCAGGGAAGGCUUUUCCCUAAUUUCCAGAGCUAUACCCUGUUGGAUCUUUGCCAACAAGCCUAACACACACAGGUUAUUCUUGUAAUGUAAUUCUCUAAUACUUUUUUACAGAAUGUUUUCCUUUGAAUAAUCAAAGAAUCGGUUUUCUAAUGUGAAUUUAUCCUCAAGAUAGAGACACUUGCCUAUCUGGUAAAUUACACAAUCCUUAGGUAUAUUUAUUAUUGUAACAAGGUGGAGCUUCCAUUUUUCAAGCUGGGUAUAUGAUGGAUUUUUGUUAAAAUGUGCCUUAAAAGCCUAUUACUUCAAGAAUAAAUGAUCCUUUGGGGGAAAGGCAAAAAUAAUCCUAUAGCAUAGGACCCAAGUUCAUGGUAGUGAGUGUGCUCUUUAAUUAAUCAGACACUAAUAAAAUACAGAUUACUGCCUCAAACCUGUAAGUGUGACGAUGACCUUGUACUUAAAGGGAAAUGUAGGAGUUAUGUCUAAGUGUUCAGUUUUUCAGGUCUGUGCUGUUGGAUUACACAAUCUCUGGUCCUUUUGCAUUUUAUUUUGAUAUGGGAGUUAGCUUACUACAAUAUGUAUGACCGCCUUUAGGUCUCAGAUCUAAUGUCCUAAAUACGAAGCCCAAAUCAUGGCUACAAUGACUGCACUAGAGCAUAUUUACUUGUUUUCAAAGGUUGAGAACUUGACCUGCCUAUUUCUAUAUCAGGGCGGUUCUUUGCCUUUGGAGUGAGUUAGAAAAUUGGUGUAGAUGUGAGGGUAUGUUUGUGAAUUACAAUCUCUGGUUAUUUUCAGUGAUAUAAUUAAUGUAUAUGAUCAGGGUGGAAUGUUUUUGAAGAAAUAUAAAUAAACAAGAUGAUAUUCACAGUA